AUGCCAUCUACCCACCAAGAUACAGCCUCGCAACCGGUACGCUUUUCCAGCCCAAACACAAACACACACACGUACACGCUAGCCUCCGCUUUGGGUUGCUACGACGGCGCGCCUGUCCCACCAGAUCAUAAAGGGCCGCGUCAAGUCUUGAACUGGGACGACGGGCUCGACCAACUGAGGCAGAGGAUCUUUCUAAUCGGCUUCUCUCACGUUGCCGAGGCUUCUGGCAAUCGGUGCCCGGUUGGAUGUGCACAACCGUCACGAGGCCGUGUGAUGUUGGCUGACACGAUUGCCUCCGAUGGCAAGACGAGUCCGCGUCCUGUCUUGACUCCGUCGGGGCCUGCCCUGUGGGCUGUGGGGCUAGACAGGUGGGGGGGCCCAAUUAGGCAUGAGAACACCGGAAUUGCCGAGAUGGCAACCAGAAUGGCAUUACGAAUGGAUGGACUAGCUUGA